AUGCUAAUAUACAUUAAUCAUCUCUUUGAGUAUGUAUGUCUGAUUAAUGAAAUGGUGUCAGCUAACAAGUGCAGUUUGGAGAUAGAUUACAAGAAAUUUAUCUAUGUCUAUCCCAACAUUGCCAUUUGGAUGGCUGAUGCACCUCAUUUUGUUCUAGAAGUGAUGGAAAAUGUUGCUAAAAGUGUUGUCUUUCAAUUACAUCCAAAUUACAAACAUAUACAUCAAAAGAUUUGUGUUCUCCUCUCCUCUUUUCCAUUGGAUGAAAAACUAACUGUUGCCUUUUAUGUGUAUUGUAGCAUGAUUGACAAAUAUUAUAACCUUUUGGAUUUCUGUGACUAA